AUGGCUGGUUCUGUUGACGUAGUAGCCAUCGAGUCUGGCUCCGACAAGACGCCAGUGGCUAAGGCCAAACCCGCCGAGGAUGGACCUCGGCGAGCGGAUGGGAUCUCGCAGUUAUAUGAGGGAAAUGUCUUCGAAGCAUCACCCGAUAACCGUCGCCAGAUCGGCGUGUUCAGCGCCGCGCUGUUGAUCUUUAACCGGGUCAUUGGCACUGGUAUUUUCGCUACGCCGGCUACCAUCCUGGAGUUGUCUGGCAGCGUUGGUCUUUCAUUGUUUAUGUGGGUGAUUGGGACAGCCAUCGCAUUGGCUGGUACAGCAGUAUAUCUGGAAUGGGGCACUGCCAUCCCGAGAAACGGCGGCGAAAAGAACUAUCUGGAGUAUGUCUACAAAAAGCCCAAGUUCUUGGCCACAGCCAUGUUCGCCGCCUAUGCCUUCCUGCUCGGCUGGGCUGCCAGCAACAGCGUCAUCUUCGGCCAAUACAUCCUCAACGCCGCGGACGUCGAGGUCGGACGCUGGAACCAGCGUGGCAUCGGGCUGGCGUGUCUGACCGCGGCGUUCCUUAUACACUCCACGGCUCUCAAAUGGGGUCUUCGGCUGUCGAACCUGCUGGGUGUCGUCAAGCUCAUUAUUAUCGUGUUCAUUGUUGUUUCUGGCUGGGUUGCUCUGGCGGGUCAUACCAAGAUCGAGACACCGCAUAACUUCACCAAUGCCUUUGAGGGCACCAAGGGUAGUGGGUACAGCAUUGUUAUGGCGCUGUAUAAUGUGAUCUGGUCGUUUAUUGGCUACUCGAAUGCCAAUUAUGUUUUGAGCGAGACGAGGAACCCAGUCCGUACCUUGAAGAUUGCGGCGCCGGUGGCUAUUGGUUCCGUUGGCGUUUUGUACAUGCUUGUCAAUAUCGCCUAUUUCGCCGCCGUUCCCAAGCAGCAGAUGCUUGAGUCUGGCUCUGUCGUGGCUGCAACCUUCUUUGGGAAUAUGUUCGGCAAGAAGGCUGAGAAGGUCAUGUCGGUCUUUGUGGCGCUGUCGGCAUUUGGAAAUGUGUUGUCUGUGCUGUUCUCCCAGGGUCGUAUUGUCCAGGAACUCGGCCGCGAAGGCGUAUUGCCCUUCUCGAAGAUCUGGGCUAGCAACUGGCCCUUCCACUCGCCGGCGGCCGGCCUGUUCGAGCACUACAUUGUCUCGGUGAUUAUCAUGCUGGCGCCUCCUCCGGGCGACGCAUACAACUUCCUCCUCAAUCUCAUCUCUUACCCUCUCUCUAUCAUCAACGCCUUCGUGUCCAUCGGCCUCAUCCACAUCUACCUCACCAAAGACAAGAAUUUCCCAAACUGGUCGCCCGGUAUUCGUGCCACAUUGCCUGUCGCCGUUUUCUUCCUGCUGUCGAAUCUGUACCUGGUGGUGGCGCCGUACGUGCCCCCGAGCGCGGGCCAAAGUGUCUACAAAGAGUUGCCCUACUACCUGCACUGCGUGGUGGCUCUGGGGCUAUUUGCUCUGGGUGCCCUGUAUUACGUUGUCUGGGCGGUAUUGUUGCCUUGGCUCGGUGGGUAUGUGCUGGUCAAAGAAUCGGUGGUGGAUGCUGAUGGAUGGUCGCGGAGUGUUUUUACGCAUCUACCGUUGGCUGGGGAGCAGUCGUAG